CAUCCGGCCAUAUUUGAUUUCCAGCUGUUUUCGCAGAAGCCUCUCCGAGCCAGACAACCCCCCUAAGAUAUAUUAAAGUGCGCCGUCUGCAUUCGGAGAUAUAAUCCAGAGACUAUACCACUCCGCUCUCUAUUCUCGACCACGUGAUUGUCUAAAUAAUUAAUGCAGCACGUCCCCCUAGAAACGCGGCGUCGUCAUUAAUCGCAAGGACUCUAUCAGACUUGAAAACUGAAGAGAUCCCCCAAGAAAAUAAUAUCCGAUACUCGGCGCAAGUGUAGUCCCGCACAGUAGCAGCACAUCUGAACCGAUGGAUGCUUGGGUCGAAAUGGAAGCAGUGAUGAAUGCGUGAGGAAAAUAAACGAGAUCUGCGCAGAUUUCGCUCACGGACUGGAGAAACGGUGGGAAACACCAAUCACGUGAAUAAAACGACACCAUCCAUGCCAUUGGAUAGAGUUGCCCUAUAGCGCAUUGGCUCUAAAUCCACAAAAUGCAGAAAGCAACAUACUACGACAACUCUGCACUCUUUGGAGGCUACACGUACCCCAAACCAGACUCUUACAGCUACGGCCCCGCACACCAGUCCUACCCUGCCCCCAGCAUCGAGAGUGACUACCAGGGCCCGGUGUGUCCCAUCCAGACCUCCGCGGUCCGGCCUCCGGCCCUCAAAGAUAAUGACCUGAAUGGAGACUGCAUGCGCCAGAGCAGCAGUCAGAGUAGCAACAGCAGCAACCAAGCAAACGGCAUCUCCGAGCAGCCGCCGCCCCCUCUGUCCGCAUCCUCCCCCGGGCCCAACAACUCUGCAUCCCAAAAGAAGAAGUCCCCAUCCAGCAGCAGCGCAUCCGGGGCUGCAACACCGGCCCUCACCAAGCAGAUCUUCCCCUGGAUGAAGGAAACCCGGCAGAACGCCAAGCAGAAGGGCAACAGCUGCGCGACUGCAGGCGGGGAGGUGAGUGAUGAGAAAAGCCCACCGGGACCGGCCUCCAAACGGGUCAGAACUGCGUACACCAGCGCGCAGCUCGUGGAGCUGGAGAAGGAGUUCCACUUCAACCGCUACCUGUGUCGACCCCGGAGAGUGGAAAUGGCCAAUCUGUUGAAUCUCACCGAGCGCCAAAUCAAAAUCUGGUUUCAAAACCGGAGGAUGAAAUACAAAAAGGACCAGAAGUCCAAGGGCCUGGCGCACUCCCCGCUGGGCCACUCCCCGGACCGCAGCCCGCCGCUGAGCGGCCCCAACCACGGUGCUUACUCCGGCCAGCUGCAGAGCGUCGGCGGCCUCGGCUACGACGCGCCGUCGCCGCCGUCGUUCGCCAGCAAACCCCAGCAGAACAUGUACGGCCUGGCCGCGUACACGGCGCCGCUGGGCGGCUGCAUCCCGCAGCAGAAGAGGUACCCGGGCCCCGAGUACGAACACCACGCCAUGCAGAGCAACGGCGGCUUUGCCAACGCCAAUUUGCAAGGCAGCCCCGUUUACGUGGGCGGGAAUUUUGUCGACUCCAUGCCGGCCUCGGGCCCCAUGUUCAACCUGGGCCACCUCCCGCACCCCUCCUCCACCAGCGUGGACUACAGUUGCGCCGCUCAGAUACCGGGGAAUCACCACCACGGACCCUGUGAUCCCCACCCCACCUACACGGACCUCUCCUCUCACCAAGCGUCUCAGGGAAGGAUUCAGGAAGCGCCGAAACUGACGCAUUUGUGAAGCCUGAAUUAUUGGUGACGCGUUAAAUCGACGCAGGCCCCUACGCCGUAGGGUUACGGCGUAGCCUACGCCGUAGGGUACGCGGCGACGCGCACCGCUCUGCGUUGGUAAACGCGGAACCAUAAAUCAGCCUGAAUUAUGGCUCCGCGUUAAAUCAACGCAGAGUCUACGCCGUAAGGUGCGCGUCGUCGCGGUACCCCAUGCCGUAGGCGUCUGCGUCGAUUUAACGCGGAACCAUAAAUCAGCCUUAAUAUGUGAUCUUUUUUUUCUUGUGCGUGCGUGCGUGCGUGUGCGUGUAUGUCUGUCUGUGCGUGUAUGUCUGUGUGUAUGUGUGUGUGUGUGUGUGUGUGUGUGCCAAAAUUAUGUUGCGCUCUUUUUCUAUUACCUCACUUAGUCUAAUACCUAAACUCCAAGCGAGUCCCGUGUAUUAUUAUUACAGUAUUAUUGAUAUUACUAUUAAUGCUAUUGUGUGAUUAUUUUUUAAAUAAUGCCGCUUUGUCCAUUCCUCUUGAACAUUGGGAGAUGCGCAGAGGCACGCUAUGCCUGGUUGUCAAUAGUUCUUUGGUUUUGUUGGUUUGUUUGUUUAUUUGUUUUAUUCUCAAGUGCAAUGCGCAAUGUUUGAUUGAAUAUGUCACGCCGUUACUUGAAGGUAAGUCUUGUAGAUCAUGAAAGUAGAUGCUCAUCCUUAGACUGAAGGAUUCUGGGGGGGGGGGGGGAAAUGUCCCCCUCUGUUUGUUAGGACCUCGUUCUCCUCAGCGUAUUUAUUUAUUGCCUCAUUAUUAUUAUUAUUAUUAUUAUUUUUGCAUAAUCCUUCGCACUAGCAUAUAUCCUAUUUAUUAUUUAAUUGCCUUUGUAUUGCACAUUAUUUAUCAUUUGUGGAGUCAGUUGAAAGAUUGGGCAGAAACAGUGCACUUGGAAGUGUUUUGGAAAACAGGGUUUGGAAUAUGCUACGACUCGUAGUGAACUGAUUUUGGGGAAUGACGAGCAUCUUUCAUUGUAAAUCUGGUAUAAAUGGGGCUUUUAUAGUGUAUAAACAUCACUAUAUGUCCAUGGUUACUCUCGUGUCAAACCUUAAGCGAAACGUAGACUAUCGAAGUAUCAAAUAUUAUACACACCAGCAUGUCAUUUUGUGUAGUCCAUUGCUAUUUUUUGAUUUGUCUUCCAUUGUUAUUCCAUUCAGCUGGAUAUCCAUAAAUUUAUGAAACUCUAAUGAUAUUGAAAUGUUAUAUUUUAUUGUGUUUAACAUUUUUGUAAAUAAAGUGCUUAAACUUGUA